UUUGAUUAUCUGCCAGAAAAAUUAAACCAGUUUUCUGUAACAAGCUUAGUUUUGACUGAUGACUGUCUUCACUGGAAUCACAUCAAAUCACAGUCUGUAUCUGCACCCUGCAAUGUUGUGUACAGUCUAUAUUUUAAAACCUUCUACUUUUAUAACACACACUUUGUAUGUCUUCCAGCCCUUGGCUGCGGGGUUCCUGCCUUCCCACCCUCUGUGUCCAGAGUUGUUGGAGGGGAAAAUGCCCGACCCUACAGCUGGCCCUGGCAGGCCUCCCUUCAAUACAACUCAAAUGGCAACUGGCGUCACACCUGUGGAGGAACCCUCAUUGCAACCAACUGGGUGAUGACAGCUGCACACUGCAUCAGUUCUUCUAGGGAAUACCAAGUAUUGCUUGGAAAAUAUAACCUAGCAGUUAAGGAAGAAGGAUCAGUUGCACUUUCUCCAGAAAAAAUCAUUGUCCAUGAGAAAUGGAAUCCACAGGAUCUUGCAAAUGGGUACGACAUUGCUUUGAUCAAACUCCCCGAACACGUCGCCUUAAGUGACCACAUUCAGCUGGCCUGCCUCCCCGCUGCACAAAGCACCCUGGCAUCCAAUACUGCCUGCUAUGUCACAGGAUGGGGAAGGCUGCAGACCAAUGGACCUCUUCCAGAUGACCUGCAGCAAGGCCUUUUGCUGGUGGUGGAUUAUGCAACUUGUUCUGAGCCUAGUUGGUGGGGAAGCAUAGUGAAGCCCACCAUGGUUUGUGCUGGUGGUGAUGGAGUCAUCUCCAGUUGUAAUGGAGACUCUGGUGGCCCACUGAACUGCCAAGGUGCUGAUGGCAGGUGGGAAGUCCAUGGCAUUGUCAGCUUUGGCUCUUCUCUUGGCUGCAACUAUUACCAUAAGCCUUCUGUCUUCACUCGGGUCUCUGCCUACGACAGCUGGAUCAAGCAGGUUAUGGCAAACAACUAAUCCCAGGAGAACUGGAUGAUAAAUACCAAGAAGGAAAACAGUUUGAAUAAAGUCAUGAUCAUGACACCUUCAAUCAUAAAGAGCUGAGAAAUUAUGCUUUAACACCACAUGUAUUAUACCUAACCA